AUGCAUAAAAAAUCACCUGAUCACAGUAAUGCAAUGACUAAAGCUGACAAAUUCAUGAAAAUAUGUCAAAAUCAAGAAAAAAGUGUUGUUGAGUUUGGCUCGAACGCUUACAGAAACAAAGUCGAGAAAAAUAAGAAAGCCUUGACAUCUAUUGUUAAAACAAUAGUUUUGCUGGGAAAACAAAACAUAGCCUUUCGUGGCAAAACAGAAGAAAAAAGUAACUUCAGAGCUUUGAUAAAUUAUCGCGCUGAAGUAGACAGUGAUUUGCACGACCAUCUAGCAAAUUCUCUCAAACAUGCACAGUAUCUAAGCCCCUCUAUUCAAAACGAAUUCAUACAUAUAUGCGGCAAUCAGAUUUCGGACUCUAUCGUGCACCGUUCCCAAGAUGCGAGGUACUUUUCUAUUCUUGCAGAUGAAUUUGCUGAUGUCAGCAAUACAGAACAGUUUGCUUUUUGUCUGCGUUAUAUUGAACGUCAGAGUUGCGGGAAGCAUGUGCUCCACGAGGAUUUUCUUUCAUUUGUUCAGACAACAGAAACAACAGGUGAAACACUACACCAGUUGCUACUAGAUGAAAUACACAAACACAACCUGAACCCAAACUUUAUCGUUGGACAAGGUUACGACGGUACUGGGAACAUGUCCGGUUGUCACCGUGGAGUGCAGGCAAGAUUUUCUGCAGAAUUUCCAAACGCAAAGUAUAUUCACUGUCGCAACCACCGUCUAAAUUUAGCAAUAUGUCAUUCUUGCAGGGUAGCGUUUGUGCAGCCGAUGUUUACCGUUGUUGGGGAUGUAUUGUUUUUUAUCACAAGUUCUCCGAAACGUCUCGGAGUUUAUAGCUCUCAUAACGAUGACGGAGAAGCCUUAAAGAAGUUCUGCCCAACACGGUGGUCUCAGCACUCGGAAAGCAUCACUGCUUUCUAUACCCACUUCAAGUCAAUUCUAGAAACACUUACUGACCUUCAAGUUGGCACGGACACCAAAACUGUCCACAGCGUCAAGCCUUCAAAAGGCUGUCCUGUCUUUUGA